ACCACCUGUUUGGAAAUCUUACUUGUAUCAGUUGCAACAGGAAGCUCCCCAUCCUAGAAGAAUAACCUGCACUCGUGAGGUAGAGAACAGACCCAAAUAUUAUGGAAGAGAAUUCCAUGGGAUGAUCUCAAGGGAGGAAGCUGACCAAUUAUUAAGUGUUGCAGAGGGAAGCUAUCUCAUUCGUGAAAGCCAAAGGCAACCUGGAACCUACACUUUGGCAUUAAGAUUUGGAAGUCAAACCAGAAACUUCAGACUCUACUACGAUGGAAAGCACUUUGUUGGGGAGAAACGUUUUGAGUCCAUCCAUGACCUGGUGACAGAUGGAUUGAUUACUCUUUAUAUUGAAACGAAGGCAGCUGAAUACAUUUCCAAGAUGACAAUAAAUCCAAUUUAUGAACACAUAGGAUAUACAACUUUAAACAGAGAGCCAGCACACAAAAAGCAUAUGCCAACCCUGAGAGAUGAACAUGAUGGCAAAGAGUCUACAGGAGAGGAUGAGGUAGCAGAAAAGAGGCCAGUCUUACGAAGAAGGAUUGCUCUCUUCAGAGAGUUGCACUAUCAGCUGAGAAGUAAUUGCGUCCUGGAUUAUAAAAAAAAUGAACAAGAAAGAAAUCUUAGAACCAGUGAACAUAAAAAUAUUAAAGGAGGUAGGGAAGGUAAUGGGCAGACAAAGCAGCUGCCUAAAAUCUAAUUUAUGUUUCAGUGACUAAAGUUAAAAAGAAAACAUAAUGUAAAUUCCAUUGUGUUAAAUUAAAUACUUUGUUUAUUGAAAAUCUGACAUAUGAAAGUCUUUUUUGAAGUUAUUU